GAGGCCGGAAGGGGCGGGCCUAAUUGUAGGUAGCAGCCUGUAGACCCGCGUGGAGGCGACUCACGGCAUUCUACCUUGAGAGCCCCACUACUCUUACUGGCACCUAGGGAGUCUCCCGGUGCUUGUUGGUGUGCCCCGGAAGGAGAUAGUUUGGUUCCUGUGGAAUUAGAUGGUGUGCUAUGGGGCUCACCAAGCAGUACCUGCGUUAUGCUGCCAGUGCCGUCUUUGGCUUGAUUGGCAGCCAGAAGGGCAACAUUGUCUUUGUAACUCUGCGUGGUGAGAAGGGGCGCUAUGUGGCAGUGCCAGCCUGUGAGCACGUCUUCAUCUGGGAUAUACGGAAAGGAGAGAAGAUUCUUAUUCUUCAGGGACUUAAACAUGAAGUUACUUGUUUAUGUCCCUCACCAGAUGGAUUGCACUUGUCUGUGGGCUAUGAGGAUGGAUCUAUCCGCAUCUUCAGUCUUCUGAGUGGUGAAGGGAAUGUGACCUUCAAUGGACACAAGGCAGCUGUCACUGCCCUGAAUUAUGAUCAGCUGGGGGGCAGACUAGUGUCUGGCUCCAAGGACACUGAUGUUAUUGUGUGGGAUGUGAUCAAUGAGAGUGGCCUCUACCGUCUGAAGGGACAUAAGGAUGCCAUCACACAGACACUGUUCCUACGAGAAAAAAACCUGUUGAUUACCAGUGGCAAAGACACCGUGGUGAAAUGGUGGGACCUCGAUACACAGCAUUGCUUCAAAACAAUGGUUGGCCACCGAACUGAGGUUUGGGGACUGGCUUUGGUGUCUGAAGAAAAACGUCUCAUCACUGGAGCUGCAGACAGUGAGCUGAGGGCUUGGGACAUCACCUAUAUAGAAGAGAUGAAAGACCUCGAUGAACCCAACUCAAAGAAGAGCAGAGGAUCUUCUCUUGGAAUUCAGGGGAAUCAUGGAACAGAGACUGGGGACCCUGAAGCAGAUGAAGACCCUGAGGAUCGUAUUCUUUCAUGUAGCAAAGCUGGUUCCAUAAUGCGGGAAGGAAGAGACCGAGUUGUAAAUCUUGCUGUUGACCGGACAGGCAGGAUUCUUGCUUGUCAUGGAACUGAUUCUGUUUUGGAAGUGUUUUGUAUUCUUUCCAAAGAGGAAGUUCAGAAGAAAAUGGAUAAGAAAAUUAAGAAAGCCAGAAAAAAGGCUAAAUUAAGUUCUGGUGAAGGGGAGCAAGAAGAUGUUGAGGUCAGUAUGUCUCUGCAAGAUGAGAUCCAGCGGGUGGCUAACAUCAAAGCUUCGGCCAAGAUCAAGUCCUUUGACUUGAUUCAUUCUCCCCAUGGAGGGUUGAAAGCUGUCUUGCUGCUGCAAAACAACCUAGUGGAAGUGUAUACCCUGAACCCAUCCACUCCCGCCCCACAGCCCAUCAGGACAGCCAGGAUCACCAUCGGGGGCCACCGCAGUGAUGUCCGGACCUUGUCCUUUAGUUCUGACAAUAUUGCUGUCCUUUCAGCGGCUGCUGAUUCUGUCAAGAUAUGGAACAGGUCUACAUUACAGUGUAUUCGGACAAUGACUUGUGAAUAUGCUCUCUGUUCAUUAUUUGUUCCCGGAGAUCGGCAGGUGAUCAUUGGAACAAAGACAGGGAAACUGCAGCUUUAUGACUUGGCUUCAGGAAAUUUGCUGGAGACAGUUGAAGCACAUGAUGGAGCUUUAUGGUCAAUUUCACUCUCUCCAGAUCAGCGUGGCUUUGUAACUGGUGGUACUGACAAAUCUGUCAAGUUCUGGGAUUUUGAGUUGGUGAAAGAUGAAAACUGUGCCCAAAAAAGGCUUUCUGCGAAGCAGACCCGUAUCUUGCAGCUUGAUGAGGAAGUUCUCUGUGUGCGCUAUUCCCCCAAUCAAAAGCUGCUGGCUGUGUCUUUGCUGGACUGUACAGUGAAAAUCUUCUAUGUUGACACUUUGAAGUUUUUUCUCUCUUUAUAUGGACACAAACUACCUGUUCUGUGCAUGGACAUCUCUUAUGAUGGGGCACUGAUAGCAACUGGUUCUGCAGAUAGGAAUGUAAAGAUCUGGGGCUUAGACUUUGGAGACUGCCAUCGAUCUCUCUUUGCCCAUGAUGACAGUGUCAUGUAUCUGCAGUUUGUACCCAAGUCUCAUCUCUUCUUCACUGCUGGGAAAGACCACAAGAUUAAACAGUGGGAUGCAGAUAGGUUUGAACACAUCCAGACCUUGGAGGGCCACCACCAGGAGGUAUGGUGCUUGGCUGUUAGUCCUAAUGGUGAUUACAUUGUGUCUUCAUCCCAUGACAAAUCCCUCAGACUGUGGGAGAGAACCAAGGAACCGCUUAUCCUAGAGGAAGAGCAGGAGAUGCAAAGGGAAGCAGAGUAUGAGGAGAGUGUGGCCAAAGAAGAUCAGCCAGUAGUUCCUGGAGAGGCUCAAGGUGACACUUACUUUCCUGGAAAGAAAACUGUUGAAACCGUCAAAGCGGCUGAGAGAAUCAUGGAGGCCAUUGUGCUAUACCGAGAAGAGACCGCAAAGAUGAAAGAACAUGAAGCCAUUUGUAAAGCUGCAGGGAAAGAGGUUCCUCUUCCAGUUAACCCCAUCUUACUGGCUUAUGGAAACAUCUCGCCUUCUGCAUAUGUACUGGAAGUGUUUAAAGGAGUCAAGUCAAGUGAGUUGGAGGAGGCCCUCCUGGUGCUGCCUUUUUCUUAUGUGCCAGACAUUCUGAAGCUUUUUGAUGAAUUUUUCCAGCUGGGCUCAGAUAUCGAACUCCUCUGCCGGUGCCUCUUCUUCCUCCUCAGGAUUCACUUUGGGCAAAUCAGUAGUAACCAAAUGCUUGUACCAGUAAUAGAGAAAUUGAAGAAAACAACCAUUUCAAAAGUCAGUGAAGUCCGGGAUGUGAUUGGAUUCAAUAUGGCAGGCCUUGAGUUUCUAAAAAGGGAAUGUGAGGCACAGAGUGAAGUUGAAUUUUUCUCUGAUGCCACAAGCAAUUUGGAAGAGAAGAAACGGAAGAGGAAAAAGAGGGAGAAGCUCAUUAUGACAUUGACUUAGAGCUCAAAAACCUGAGCUGUUUUCACAUUCCCAUUAAAUAGAAAGCUUCCUGACCUGAAUGUAUGGAUACUGACAUGGGAAAAACACAAGACUCUAGUCCCCACUAUGCUACUGACUAGCUAUGUGACCUUGGGCCACUCUGUUUCCAUUUUCUCAUCUGUAAAAGGAGGGGGGAUUGGACUAGAUGGUUCCAUAUGGUCCUUUCCAGCUUUAAAAUGCUGAGUUGUGUACUUUCAAAUACCAGAUGACAAAGGAGUCAUUGAACUGCUAAAGUACAUUGGGAGGAUCUGUCUCACAAGAGGGGAAGUUAACUAAGGAACCUUGUGCAGGGCCCCAUACUUUCCUUGUUGGCCAAGGCUAGACACAUUCUUGAAUGAUUGGCUUUCUUUUUCUCUCCAUUCUUAUUAGCAGAGGAGUUUUUGAAUCCUUAAACUCAAGGGUUGGAGUUACCGACUUGGGAAUUUUAUUUAUUUCCUCAAUUGCUGGACAUGUGUGAAUAUUCUGAGUUGCUUUUUUUUAUUUGGUCUUUACCCCACUAGGAGGCUUUCCUAAGAUGUAUGAUUAUCUCUUUUUCCUAAUGCAUUAUCAUUCUACAAAUGUAAAGCGGGAAUUCCUUGUGCCUUUUACUCUAUAGACAUUUUUUUUUGUGCCUGUAUGUAAAAAGAUCUUGUUAUGUAAUUGUAUUUCUUUCAAUGAAAUAUUUUUAAGUAAAAUAAGGUCAUGAUAAGAUGACUAGUCUGGACUCAUGGAUUUAUAGUACAGAAAUUUAGGAAAUUGUUACUUAUAUAGAGCAAGUAAUUCACUUCUCUUGACUAAAUAUGCCCUCACUCCAUUCCCAGUCUCUGAACAAGUUUACUGAGCCAUUCAAAUUCCUGAAAGUGAGUCUACCGAUAGAUCCCCCAAAUAGGAGAGUGUAGCUGAAGUGAGGCAACAUGUAUGUGGAUACGAGGGACCAAUAAAGCAGAAAAAGAUUCUGGCCAUAUUUAAUGAGCUACAAAAAGUAGAAGAGUAGAAAGUACCAAACAGCUUGCUGCCACUUUGUGAAACCUAAAAGAUGCUGUUGAAUCCUUUAUGAGUAGAGAGCAGUGUGACAGAAAAAAGAAACCUGCCCUUAGUACAAUUAGGGGAGGUGCGUGAGUUAGAUGUUCAAAAUGUUAAAACCUUUAGUGCUUUAAAAAUAUCUUUGACUUCGCAAAGCUGUGUCUGAUCCUCCCAUCAUAAAAAUCUGUCCUGCUUUUGUCUUAGCUGUCAGUUAUGGAAUGGGAUGCUUUUUUAUGGCAAUUUUAGUGGUUUUAAUAGGAUACCGAGACAAACUCCAGGAAACAAGUUACCCUGGGCUCUAAGACUACUUCCUGCUGUUUUUGUUUGUUCUUUGAACCAUCUUAUUCCUGGUUAGCAGCUGCCAGGGAAGAUGAGGGUAUAUGUGUGGACAGCAUGUGGAUGGACCAAGAAUGAGAUGAGUUGGGGCUUUCAGUCAAAAUACUUAGAUGUCUUUAAACCUGACACCCUCUACUAAACAGCAAGAAAUACACAAUGCUUAGUACAAAGGCAUUUUAUUAAGUAUAUUUUCUCUAGCAGACAGUAGGACAAUUUUAGCCUUAAAUGCCGCAUGAUAAAACUACACAUAUAGUUUGUAAGGCACUUGACCUUGAAGCUUAAAAUAAAGAAAUGUAAGUGGGCCUACUGCAUCACUGGUGACAGUUUUGAGAUGCCCAACUGGAUGAAGGUUAGUUUUCUUCUUUCUCUGCAGCAGGUAGUCUGAUAGUCACAUCUGUAAUUAAAUUCAUUGAAAUUCACAUUAUUUUCUCUACAUCCUGCUUGUGCCAACAGCACUGUUUUUUAAUCCCAAGAGAGAUAUGGCAAACAAUUUCAAGCAUAGGCCAAAUCCCUCUGAAACAAAACUUAGAAAACAAUAUAAAACCAUGCAUCUGACAAAAAUGGGUGAAGUCCAGUGUGUCCCUUUUUGUCAUGAGAUUUCUCCUAAACCACUGGCAUUGAGAUGAGGGCAGGAAGUAGUGGGGAAAUAUUUUUACUUGAUUUUGAAGGCUAUGAUGUUUGAUUUUAAAAACUAUAUUGAUUAAAAAUGUUUCAGUCUGCAAGAACUAAAAUGGAAAAAAAAAAAAAAAGACUGAUGCCCGGCUUCCCAAUAACAAACUAGCAAGUAAAAUGAAGUACUUUAAACCUAUUUAGGGCAAGUGGAAGGUCAUGGCUCUUGUGUCUGGCGAGAUUCCCACCCCUUUGUUCGUUGGUUCCUUACCUUGCUACAGUGCAUACAAGUAGGUAUUUCUAGAAAUGUUUUGUACACUUGUUAACUUAUUUAUAUCCAAAUGAAUGAAACUGCUACUCACUUUGAUAUCCAGUAUAAUUUCAGUCUAGCUGACUGUUGUUAAGAUAUUGAAAAGUUCCUUAAUAACAAGAGACUUAAAAAUAACUCACUUUGUUUCAAAAGAAAUUCCAAAUUUUCUUCUGAAACUCCAUGGAAUAGACCUAUGUUCAUUUUUCACUCAAGAGGAGCCACAAAAAUCUACAGAAAGCUUAGAGCAUUUGACACAAUCUCUCAUUCUUAUAAGAUACAGGCAUAUUCUUUUCCUUUUAAAAUGGGAAUAUAAAUAUGGGAAUAUUUAUAAAUGGGAAUAUAAGUGGAAAUAUGCAAGAACAGUUAAUUGGCAUGUGCAUAGUCAGACCCUUAGUUUAAAUAUUGCCUGCACCACAGGAGUAUGGUGUAUCGGGGAUCCUUGAAGAGUCUGGCCUUUGUUUCCUUUGAUUAAUUCAGUGUCUUUGACUGAGUCUUACUAGGUGCUAAGCCCCAGGCCCAAACCCCUAUCUAUUAGGUGCUAAGCCUAUGUGGUUGUGAAUUGGUAACUAAGGUGGGGCCAAUGAAGGGAGGCACUAACACCAGAGCCAAUCAAAGGAGCCUAAGCUCUGAUCGCUCAGAUGAUGUUUGAUGAUGUCUGAAACUGUAUAAAAAGGGAGAGCAGAGCUAUUGGCUUAAGGCUCUCACUCCUGGAGGCACAGGACUCUGGGCAGCCGCUGUAAGGACCUUCCAGCUGAACUCAGGUGUUGGUGGUUUUCUUGGUAACUAUGAAUUGUAUUUGGUAUGUUUGUAAUUUGUUUGUAUUUGCUCUGAAGCUCAGGAUGCUGGCUUUUCCCCCAGAGCUUAGUGAAUGGUAUUUGUAUGUUGCAUUAAAAUAAGAUUGUUAAACCCCUUAAUGUUGCUUUCCUCAGGAAAACAGAUCAAAAGAACCUGGGCUUGCAGGGUUCUAUAAGCUGGUUGUUGUUGGUUUUACACACCCCCACAGCAGCUGCUAGCCGGAUUGUUGAAACAUGUGGCAAGUAGAAUGUUAUUUAUGACAACUCUACUAAAUGGAUCCCUGAAAUAUGGCCCAUGGUGUUACUGGUUAGUACAUGAAAACUGCUCUUUAGCUUGGGAAAUGGUGCUGAGCAGAUCUAAAUUAUUGGGAUGAAUUAGGAGCUUAGAAUGAGUAUUUGCGAUACACUGUACUUGACCCGUUUAUGUCAGAAGCAUGUUUUUGUAUUGUGUUUAUAUGUGCUUUCUUUGGAUCUGAGAUCCGUGAAUGUCUUGUAAUGGUGACAUUCCAUAGCUAUGAGUGAACAGGGCCUAAUAAUAAACUACUACAUGCUA